AUGAGUCCUGCUGUGUCUUCUUCCUUUGAACCCACUGUUGCUCAAAAAACGACGGACGAUUACACCAUGAAGACCUUGGCUUUGCUGUCCUUAUUGGCCCUGUUUUUCAGAACAGCUCAUUCUCAGAAUGCACUGACAUGUUCUUCUUGCCAUCCUACUGCCAGCACUUGUACCCAGAAGUCAGGCUAUGUGACAUGCAGCUGUAUAUCCGGCUAUGCUGGAAAUGGAAUAAACUGCACAGCCAUCGCUUCCUGUACCACAGAGACCUGCUGUAUCCCAGGCUAUUACUGGGAUAGCAGAGUAGGUUAUAAACUUUGCACAGAUAUAAAUGAAUGUGCAGAUGCAACACUAAACAAGUGUGUCCCCUCAUCCACCUGUACAAACAGGGUCGGUAUACAUUUAUGUGGCAGUACCAGAAGUGUUGCCUGCCCCAGUAGCACAUGCUCCUAUGACCAAGACUGCCUGAAUGUUGGAGGCACUGUUCAGUGCACAGAUCCAUGCCUGAAUUACCAGCUACUGAAUGGAACCAGUAGAUUGUCUACAAUCAAUUCCACUGGAGUCUUCGUCACUGACAGAUACAACUUUGGCUGGUUUCGCUACAAUGGAACAGUAGGUUUGAGGAUGCAGGAGGGUUGCGUUGGUUCUAUUAAAUGUGGAUCAGCUGAACCAUAUACCCUGAAUGCCAGCCAUCCAGCUAUUGGUCAAGGUGUGGUGAUGAUGCCCCUUUUUGCUAACUCAGUAACAGGAUGUACAGCUGCAGGAACCAUCCCAGUCAAAGCCUGUGCUGGAGGGUACUACGUCUAUAAGUUCUCUGGAAGCCUAAAAUCUGAGGUUUAUUGUACUCCAACCACUACCACCCCAACUACCACCACUCCAACCACUACAACUCCAACCACUACCACCCCAACUACCACCCCUCCAACUACUACCACUCCAACUACCACAACUACAACCCCAACAACUACCACCACAACUCCAACCACCACCACUCCAACAACUACCACCCCAACAACUACCACCCCAACAACUACUACAACAACGACACCACCUACUACUACUACUACUACUCCAACUACCACAACUCCAUUGCCAACUACCACUCAGCCUCAGAAAAAUAUCACUGUGACCACAAUAAGAAGCAGUAUAGUAGUGAAUGUCACUUCCACUGUUGAAACACUCAAUGGUGCAGACAUGUCAUACUUAGAGGUUAGUGAAACUAGUACAAUGUACACUGAAGUGAAGACUAUUAGCCCAACCACGAUUACAAGCAACAUUAACAACUCAGUUACACCAUCUUACACUAAGAUUACAGUUGGCAUUGGUAGUCCUGUUACGUUUACCAACAAUCCUCCUCCCCAAAUUUCAGGCAAUGCAACAGCUGUUCCUAAUCAGCAACCUUUUCAGGGUAUGCCGUAUUUCAGUAAACCACCACAAACCAAAACCCUUACUGAGACUUUUACCAUCAAUGACAGAAAUGUUACCAGCACCACUACAACAACCACUAUUACAACAGAGGAGAUCAUUGUAAUGGUGUAA